GGUGGGUGUCUUCAUGGACCAGCCACUGGAGGAGGUGAGUGCUACGGCCCUGGCGGUGGAGCUGGACGUGGUGCAGCUGCAUGGCGCGGAGGAUGCCAAGUUCGUGGAGGAACUGCAGAAGUUGCUGCCAGACACAUGGCUUAUCAAAGUGGUGCAUCUGCCGCCGAAGACCUCCGCAAAGAACGGGGAGGGCCAACUGGCCCAACUGAAGGAGAAGUUGUCAUCCUACACCUCCUGUGAUGCGAUUUUGCUGGACACCGCAGUGAAGGGCAGCAAUUCGGGUGGCACUGGUGCGGCCUUUGAUUGGAACGUGGCCAAGCAUUGUCAGGAGGAGUGGGGCAUUCCCGUGAUUGUCGCAGGCGGCCUCACUGAUGCGAAUGUGGCCGAGCUGGUCAGUAGCGUCCGCCCCUUCGGUGUGGACGUCGCCUCGGGAGUGGAGGAUGCCCCAGGCGUGAAGAACAGCGAAAAGACCAAUGGCUACGUCCGAGAAGCGAAGCGAGCCCGCUUCGGGGCGUGAAUGACGUGGUUUGAGUCACACUUCAUACCCUCUGGUAAACUAACAGU